CUUGUCAACUGUUGCUGAUUUGGCUUCCUCGCAGUAAUCAAUGCGUAAGACACAAGAAUCCACAUCACAUUGGUUUCAUCAAAUAUACAAAUACAAAUACCCUUUAUUGAUUAUAUGAACAUGUACAAACUCAUCAUCUUCUUUGUUUUACACCAUCAGAAACCACCAUGAUAUCAUCCUUAAAGUACACAGCACCCUCACUCCUCGCCGGCUCUGCUGCAUUCUCCUGCAGAAAGCGUGUUCCUGUUCCAAGGCUACCACCCUCUAUUCAAAAUCUUCAACAAAGCACUGCACUACCCUCUCUCUCUUCCCAUAAACCACUUUACAUUAUUCCAUGCACUCAGAACCUCACAUUCUCAACUAAACCUAGAAGGAAGGUUGCAGAGUGUCAUGCCUAUGAGGCAGAUAAGUCACAACCACAAGCAGCAGGGACAUCAGAGGCGGCUCAGAAGCUCAAGAUUGGUUUGUAUUUUGCUACAUGGUGGGCACUGAACGUUGUCUUCAACAUAUACAACAAGAAGGUUCUCAAUGCUUUUCCUUACCCUUGGCUCACUUCCACUUUGUCCCUCGCCGCCGGCUCUCUUAUCAUGUUCAUCUCCUGGGCCACAAGGCUCGCUCAUGUCCCUAAAGUUAACAUGGAUUUCUGGAAGGCCUUGUUCCCUGUUGCAGUAGCACACACCAUUGGGCAUGUUGCAGCUACUGUGAGUAUGUCCAAAGUUGCAGUGUCAUUUACUCACAUCAUCAAGAGUGGAGAACCGGCUUUCAGCGUCCUAGUAUCGAGGUUCUUGCUCGGCGAAUCGUUCCCUAUACCGGUUUACUUAUCACUGGUGCCAAUUAUUGGAGGUUGUGCUCUUGCUGCUGUGACCGAACUCAAUUUUAAUAUGAUCGGGUUUAUGGGGGCUAUGAUAUCAAAUUUGGCAUUUGUGUUUAGGAACAUAUUCUCAAAGAAAGGAAUGAAGGGCAUGUCCGUUAGUGGAAUGAACUAUUAUGCUUGCCUUUCCAUAUUGUCUCUAUUGAUUCUCACACCUUUUGCCAUUCUUGUGGAGGGUCCUAAGAUGUGGGCUGUUGGCUGGCAAACUGCCCUCUCUCAAAUUGGUCCAAAUUUUGUUUGGUGGGUAGUUGCUCAGAGUGUGUUCUACCACUUGUAUAAUCAAGUCUCGUACAUGUCUCUUGAUCAAAUAUCUCCCUUGACAUUUAGCAUAGGGAACACAAUGAAGAGAAUUUCAGUAAUUGUCUCUUCCAUUCUGAUCUUCCAUACGCCAAUUCAUCCCAGCAAUGCACUUGGUGCUGCCAUUGCAAUUCUUGGCACCUUCCUUUAUUCACAGGCAAAACAGUGAGGCCUAAUUCAGAUGCUAAGUUAAGUGAAUGCUUAUUCAGGGAUGGAGCUAGAACUAUGAGCCUGUCAGUGUUAGUGAGAACAGUUGAUGUUACUAAUCAUGUUUUGAUCUUUGUCAUUGUAGACGAAAUUUUCGUUUCUUUCGUGUAAUCUAAGGUUGAGAAGAAUUUACCUGAUUCAAUAAGGACUAAGAAUGAACUCUGGAAUGUGAGUACACUAAUGAGGAUUUCUAUAGCCCAAAAUUAGUUACA